ACGAUCCCGUAAAUACAAAAAAUUUUCGCAAGAUGUCGUACCACAAGCCCGAAGCUAAGACCGUGCAGGACCUGAAGGAUCUGGCCCAGAAGCUGCGAAUUCACUCUAUCAACGCUACCCAGGCCUCCAAAUCGGGCCAUCCCACAUCAUGUGCCUCGCUGGCCGAGAUCAUGUCCGUGCUGUUCUUCCAGCAGCUGCGUUUGAACCUGAAGCACCCUCGCGAUCCCUCCAGCGAUCGCUUUAUCCUGUCUAAGGGACACGCGGCACCCAUUCUGUACGCCGCCUGGGCUGAGGCCGGUCUCUUCCCCAUCGAGGAUCUGAACAACCUGCGCAAGAUCGACAGCGAUCUGGAGGGUCACCCGACGCCCCGUCUGAACUUUAUCGAUGUGGGCACCGGAUCCCUGGGACAGGGUGUGGCUGUGGGCGCCGGAAUGGCCUAUGUGGGCAAGAACUACGACAAGGCCGACUACCGUACCUACGUGGUCGUGGGCGAUGGCGAGUCCGCGGAGGGUUCCGUUUGGGAGUCGCUGCACUUUGCCGGCCACUACAAGCUGGAUAACCUGUGCGUGAUCUUUGACGUGAACCGUCUGGGUCAGUCGGAGGCCACCUCCCUGCAGCACAAACUGGAUGUGUACCGGGAUCGUCUGGAGGCCUUCGGCUUCAAUGCUGUCGUUGUCGAUGGGCACGAUGUCGAGGAGCUGACCAAAGCCUUCCAUUGCGCUGCCAUCACCAAGAGCAAGCCCACCGCCAUCAUUGCCAAGACGUUCAAGGGCAAGGACUUCCCCAAUAUCGAGGAUCUGGACAACUGGCACGGCAAGCCGCUGGGAGACAAGGCCGCCGAGGUGGUCAAGCAUCUGCAGGGUCUAAUUGUCAACAAGGAUGUUAAGCUGACCCCCAAGCCAGUUUCCAAGACGGGAGCUGCUCCCGAGGUGGACAUCAGCAAUGUCAAGCUGAGCUCACCUCCUGCCUACAAGCUGGGUGAUUCGAUUGCCACCCGUUUGGCCUAUGGCACAGCUCUGGCCAAGAUCGGCAAGAACAACCAGCGUGUGAUUGCCCUGGAUGGCGACACCAAGAACUCCACUUUCUCGGACAAGCUUAAGGCUCUUGACCCCGAACGCUACAUCGAGUGCUUCAUCGCUGAGCAGAAUUUGGUGGGCGUGGCCGUGGGCGCUGCCUGCCGUCGCCGCACUGUGGCCUUCGUGUCCACCUUUGCCACCUUCUUCACCCGUGCCUUUGACCAGAUCCGUAUGGGCGCCAUCUCGCAGACGAACGUGAACUUUGUGGGCUCCCACUGCGGGUGCAGCAUCGGUGAGGAUGGUCCCUCGCAGAUGGGACUGGAGGACUUGGCCAUGUUCCGCACAAUUCCGGGCAGCACCAUCUUCUAUCCCUCGGAUGCGGUGAGCACGGAGCGUGCCGUGGAGCUGGCGGCCAAUACCAAGGGCGUCUGCUUCAUCCGCACAUCGCGUCCCAACACCAGCGUGAUCUACGACAACGAGGAAACCUUCACCAUUGGACGCGGCAAGGUGGUGCGCCAGAAGAGCUCCGACGAGGUGCUCCUAAUUGGAGCGGGUAUCACCUUGUACGAGUGUCUGGCUGCCGCCGAUCAGCUGGAGAAGAACUGCAUCACCGUCCGUGUGAUUGAUCCGUUCACCGUGAAGCCUCUGGAUGCUGAGCUUAUUAUUGAGCACGGAAAGCAGUGCGGAGGACGUGUUGUUGUCGUGGAGGAUCACUACCAGCAAGGAGGUCUUGGCGAGGCUGUGCUGAGUGCCCUGGCCGGCGAGCGCAACUUUGUGGUCAAGCACCUGUUCGUGCCCACCGUGCCACGCUCGGGUCCUCCCUCCGUCCUCAUCGACAUGUUCGGCAUUUCCGCCCGCCACGUCGUUAACGCCGUCAACGAAAUCCUCAAGGAUUAGGAAGCUAGCCGUGCGACAGACUCAUAAAGUCAUCAUCUGGCUAUUCAUUUACCGCCUACAGGAAUUCUCCCAGUUACUACUUACUCUUAUCCUUUAUCAUUCCCCUUUAAGAUGGUUAAUAUACUUUUACAAAUUUAAACUGUAACACCAGGAAAAUAAAUUUUUUUCAAUAAGACAUUA